AUGCCGCAGAUCUCAGACGCUCUGGAGAAGAGGCUCGCGGCCUUUUUCGACGUCUAUGAUAUUGACGGGAAUGGGGACAUCGAUAUAUCCGAAUUUAACAAAAUUGAGGUGCGGUUAGAGGUCCAAUCGACAGAAGGAAAUCAGAUAUGGGGUCUAGCAGCGAUGGAUGCGGAUUCAGCGGACGGCGGAACGAUCCUAUUUCCGACGUUUCGUAAGAAACAUCUUCAAGAAGAUCUUUUUCAUGAAGAUUCUUCUUCUAGCUUUUAUUGUAUUCCUUGCAACUCAAUCUACCAAGUCCUCAAUGUUUUAGCUUUUCUUUUUCAGGAUCCACGCAACGAUCAUGAACAGAGCUAAGUCUAAGUUAGCACAUGAAUACCCCCUAGUUUUUUCUUUUACUUUACGCAUUGCCAUUGUUUGUAAUUGUUUUUUUCCAACACUUCAAUUACCAGGCACGCGAAUGUUGAGGGUAAUGCACAUGGCGUCGCUUCCCGAGGAGAUUUUUAUAAGGAAAAUCAACGAGCGCAUAAGCCUCAUAAUAAGCGAGAGGAAAUUGAUGGGUCUGACUUAUCACUACGGCGUACGAUGUAUGAUCCAAAAACUUUUCCGGGCCUUUGAUGCGGAUCGUAUCAAUAUAAUUUUCUGAAUAUCUUCUGUGACGACUACGACAUGUGCUCCUUUUUUGUGACUUCUUUUGAUUGAUUACGAUCAGUAACUUUCAUGUUGUUUCUGCAUCUUUCUUAUGGUACUUUGCCGUCGCAGUCGCUGGCACUGUUCGUUGUAUUUUUAAGUAGAGCAGCAGCAGCCUAUGCAACAUCAUGCAGUGAGUACUUCUACUUACUACUUUUUUGCAGAUGGUGGCGAGAUUGAAGCGGAGGAGUGGAUGAUUGCAACGAAAGUGGUCGCAAGUGGGCUGACGGAGAAGAGCGGGAUACCAAUUGAUACUGCAAAGUAUCACGGAGCUGAUGAAAGUGGAGAUGGUAAACUGUUUAUUUCUUAAGUUAUUUUGAUGAAACAAGGGGAGAUCGAGAUGCUGGUACAGUUUUUAGGUUGUUUGACGAAAACAGUGGUCAGUGGUGGAGGAGGACGUCGUGGUACAGUUUUUUGUUCUGGCAUGAUGAUGAUACAUCCUUAUCGAGCUGACGAAAAUAAGUCUACAUGGUCUGCAGUUUGUAGAUCUGACAACAUGAACUACCUCCCUUUCUCCAGGUAGCAUUGAUCCGGAUGAGUUCAUGCAGUUUAUGUAUGAGGUUUUAGCUCCCAUUGGCGAAAAAUUCAGUGGUGAUGAAAUUGAGGAAAUGCUGAAACAUGUGCAUAGCAUUGUGCCACACGGAGUAGCCGAGCGCAUGAUCAGGAUACCUGUCUAUUCCGCUUUCCCGGAUGUCAUUCUCAAUAGGAAAAAUGUAAUUUUUUCUGUUUAUAAUUAAUUAGCGUCACUCACUUUUGUCGUAGUUCUUUGGAGUGCCACAAGCUGGAGUCUGGGAUGCUGAUUUGCAAUGUAUGAUACUGAAAUCAAAUGCAAAAAGUUUCAUCACCAUCUACUGCGUACAUCUUCAAGAACUUCAUCAUGUUGAUCAUUCCCUUAAUUCUGAUCGGCUUUUUUUUACGACAUCAUACAAACGCCAAGUAUCAUGUAUUACUCAAGAAAGGACUUUUUUCGACUUUCAUCCAAUCUAUCAAACGACUUUCCUCUUCCACUUCUCUGCAGGAAUGGCAGCAUCCUAAUCAGAAGGCGAAGAGCACGGACGGUUGGGCGGAAGUGAUUGAGUUAGCUAUCGAUCCCAUCGUCAUGAAAACGAGCUCGGACAUCAAGGAAAUGAUGAAUAUGAAGCUGAAUUUGCCAUAUGCAACCGAGAUGACAGUACUUCCUUUGAUUUUGAUGCCUUUGCUUUUGCUCGCUUCCUUCGUCGAGGACUCGUGGACCAUGCAUGAUCCCUGCGCUUGAUUUUAGAGUAGAGAGAUGUACUAGUGAGAAUCGAUUUUCUGACACAACCAAUAUAUACUACUAAAUCAUCAUGUUUCACUUUCAUCAUCUAGACGAAAUUUGUUAUCGGAUCGUUUGUAAAAAACUGCCACAUGAUUCACGCGGCAAUCGAAGUUUCUUAUUCUAUCCCUCUCAGAUAUUCUGGAAGAAGAGCGUAAAUGACAUGCAGUUUCAGCUGUUGCCUGACGGGGGUGAGGAGUUUAGGCUCGUUUGGAAGGAUAUGCAGAAGUCGACGGGAGUGAAACAACUCUGGGUGAAAAACCUGCGCGUUGCGCCGCUCCUAGACGGUUGCAAGAAGGUUGAAGUCAUCACCGACGAGGCACAGAUAGAGGAGAUACAAAAGAAGAUGAGCGGUACACUUCAAGUAGAAGAACUAGAUGCGUGUCUUCUUUACCUCUACGUCUACGUCAUGUUCGAAUCAAUUCAGUAAUUUGAAUCGAUUUGGACAGCUAAGAGAACGACGUGGUGAUGAAUUUGUUGCUUUUAUUCCACAAUGAUUUUGCGGAAUCAAAAACAGGGCAACGAGCUGGCGUGCUUGACUUCGAAGAUUUGGUCCAUAAGCAGCGUGACUACCCGAUAAAGGGCACAAUGAGAGUGGGACUCGGGGAGAGCAUUAUGUGCGAGUUUCCCGGAAGUAACACGAAUCAAAAGUAUCCCUAUCGUGUCGAAGCCUACGUCCGCGGGACGGACUUAAUAACCGGCGUCGUCGAGGAGAAGCUAGAAAAAGCCGUUAAGAAAGGUACUCGUACUAGAAGAAGUAUAGCUAUGAUCAUGCCUGUGUUUGUGACCCUGAGGACCAUGAUUGAAUUUGAAAGAAUGAUAAUAAGUUAAUCUCAUUUAUAUUAGAUAUGAAUAUAUUGUGGCGGCAGACCUAUGGUUAUACAACAAGGCUGGCGCUAGUGUUGGCUUUGGGUAUUCUGCUGCGGCUUCCGUGCGAGGGUUUUAAGGUUCGCACUAGAUAUACAUAUAAAGUAGCCAGGGCCCUCCUCUCUGGUUGUGGGUUUAUUUGGUGAACCGGUACCCCAUAGCGAAUAAACAUGCGCACACAACCAGAGAGCUGAGCACUCGCCGGAGGCGUUGCGAAGGGCUCCGGCCUGCCUUCGGAGGUGAGACCUAUGGGGCUGACAGGACGACGAUAGCGCCGGCGCUUCAUUAGUUUUAGCAGAUAGGAGGAUACUUGGCGAUAGUUGCCCUUUACCUUUUCUCUUUUCUUCUAUCUUUCUCGAGUCUUUCUUUUUUCUAGUUAGGUCGGCUCCGCCACAUAUAUUAUGAAUAUUUAUAAGGCACCGUGGAGCAGUUUGUUAUUAUUUUUUCAAACUACUGAAGAUUACAACAAGAUUCUUGACUUCUACUUACACCUUUACACAACCACGUAUGCUAGGUCCUCCAGCGGAUUACACAUUGCGGUGGUCUUUCGUUGGCGAGGGAAAAGUCGGGGAGGCUAAGAUAAUCGUGGAAGUUGGAUGGGACAACUUCGAGCCAGAAAUCGAUCUAGAGGGCGGAAGCAACCCAUACCGGAACGAGACGGUUUUCCAGUUCAUCGCUGAUGUCAUAUGCACCGACGAGGUGCCGAAGCCCGGCGUAAAGACGAAUGUCUAUUGGCAUGGGCUUAUCUGGGAUGGGACACAAACCAAGGCAACUAAACCCAAAUAAGAGUACCCUUCGUCAAUACUUCUUUUUCGGUGCCUAAAAUUAAUGUCUGCAAGCUUCAAGAAGUUCAAUCUCCUCGUGUAACCUGUAUAUCGAUUUACGAUUACGACGUGUACAGACACCGGUGCUGAUGCAGAACCAGAAGAAAUAACCUACUUAAUGUUACUCACUUCUAUUUUUUCUCUUACGUGAACAACGAUGCUACAAAAUGAUAAACUCCAAUACUUCAAAUAUAACGACAGUACACAUGACGCAAUAAGAGCUAUUCGUGAUAAUUUAAGCUUCUCAAACAACGACCGUGUCCAAAAUCGAUAACUGUUAGUUGCAACUCACUCUUUGUCUUUCUACUCUGUCUCUCGUCUUUGACGAUGAGUAGAAUGUUCUAGCAAGAGCAAAGGCUAGGACAGAAAAAAGAUCGACGCGUUUGCACAAGACGAGACAAGGAUGAAGAUGGACUUGAACUAGGGACGACACAUAUUUAUAAGUAAGUAAAAUUAACAUAGUGUUGGCGAUAGGUAUCUAAGUAGGAAUACAAUUGCAACUAGACCUAGAAUCAAAAUGUGUAUGUGAUUUCAUGUUAUUCCUACACACAACCUAUACCUAACCUAACCUUCCUCGCUUUCACUACACGACUCACGGCCACCAGGAGUCCUAAGCCCACCAGGAGCAUCAUUUCAAAGUCUAUACUACAACCCGCUCUGUUGCAUUAACAAGCGCAGACCACUCGGUAUUUGUCCCUUCAAGAUACAGCAGACCCCUCGCCCGCGUAGAUCAUAUCAACAUGAAGAUGCAACACAACAAAUACUAUGAGAUUCUGCAUACAAAGCUACAUUAUCAAGGCUCAUCUAGUGAGCUGGAAGCUUGAUGAAGAUGUAGACGUUGUCGUUGAUACAUAAACAUCAUCGAUAUACUGCUUCAUCGCGCGAAUGUGUUCGUUGCGAUUGCGAAGGGCAAGAAG